AAUCAAUCCAUUAAAGUCAAAUGGAACGUAGCCAUGGUCUUCCGGUACAUCUAUUCAUCUUCUCAUUGUCAUCUCCUGUAAAGCUUUGUAAACGCGUCAAACAAUGUCCAUCACCCGCUCCCCUCUCGACUCCUGGGACUUUACGCUCCCAGGUCCACCAAGCCGCAACAAUGGCGGAUGUGCAGACUGCAGUAUCAGCGGCCUCCUCGUUUACGGCGCCGGAAGCAGCGUCGCAGUCGUUGACGCGCGAUCCAUGCAGCUCCUCUGCGUCCUGCCCAUGCUUACUCCCUCUACCUCCCCCACCGCUCUCACCCCCUUCGUCACCUCUGUCCGCUGGAUCCCUCAGCCCCUCCGCCGCGACGUUCUCACACACGAACCAUCCAAUUCCCACCUCAUCCUCGCCGUCGGCGACUGCCAGGGCCGCAUCGCUCUCUGGGAUUUCCGCCUCCGCCUCGUCCUCCUCUGGAUGGAAUUCGAUCCUCCCUCCGACAGAUCCAAGCUCGGCGUUCAAGAUCUCUGUUGGGUCCGCGCUCGUGCCGAUUCAUGGAUCCUAGCCUCCCUUAAAGGCCCUUCUCUCCUUGCCCUCUGGAAUAUCACCACCGGUCGCUGCAUUUGGAAAUACGACGCCUCCCUCGAAUUAUUGUCCUGCAUUCGUCGUGAUCCCUUCGAUUCUAGGCAUUUCUGUGCAUUGGGGCUCAAGGGGUUCUUGCUGUCUGUUAUGGUACUUGGGGACGGUGACGACAAUGUUGCUAUCAAGGAGCACCGGAUCCCGACUGUUAGUGAUUCUAAUGAGUUGCACAAGUUUGAGAGAGACGCUGCUUCUGGUUCUACUGCCCCUGCGCUUUCCGUGUUUCCUCUGUUUGUUGCGAGGUUUAGCUUCUCACCGCAGUGGAAGCACAUUCUUUUUGUUACUUUCCCCAAAGAGCUCGUUGUGUUCGAUUUGCAAUACGAGACCUCGCUUUCUUCGUCUGGGCUGCCCCGGGGCUACAGCAAGUUUCUGGAUGUGUUGCCCGAUCCGGACAAUGACGUGCUCUACUGUGCUCAUCUUGACGGAAACCUCAGCACCUGGAAGCGGAAAGAUGGAGAACAGGUUCAUAUGAUUUUCUCAAUGGAAGAAUUAUUACCCUCGAUUGGAACACCUGUUCCUUCUCCUUCUGUUCUUGCUGUUGUCCUCUGUCAAUCUGAAACAACUCUCCAGAAUGUUGGCAAGCUUUAUUCUGAUCCAUAUGAUGCUUCUUCACUUGCUCUGGAUUCUGAUAAUCUAUUAGAUUCUUGGCAUAAACCUUGUCUCAUUUCUAAGACGUAUCUGAUCUCCAUUACUGAUGAUGGGAAAAUAUGGAACUGGCUGCUGACAGCUGAAGGGGCUACAGAUACUCUGAAAGAUAUCACAAAUUCAAACUUGACAGCUGAUGUAAGUGAAGUGACAGUUCCAGAAAGACUCACUAGCUCAAUUGAUACUUCCACCCUUGGACAUGAAUGCAAUGCAGUGAAAAAGUCAGAGCUUGUGGAUAGAAGUUUUGGUUGCAAAUCAAAAUUGGUCCAUAACUUUGCAGAUCUGUCAUUUAAGAUCAGCUUAGUUGGCCAACUUCAUCUUCUUUCUUCAACUGUAACAACACUAGCAGUGCCAUCACCUUCAUUAAUGGCUACUUUGGCCCGUGGGGGGAACCAUCCUGCUGCAGCUGUUCCACUGGUUGCUUUAGGAACUCAAAAUGGAAUAAUUGACGUGAUUGAUGUUUCUGCCAAUGCUGUAGCAGCUAGCUUUUCUGUACAUAAUAGCACUGUUAGAGGAUUGAGAUGGCUGGGAAAUUCUCAGCUGGUUUCAUUCUCGUAUACUCAGGUGAACGAAAAAGCUGGAAGGUAUACUAAUACACUCGUUGUCACCUGUCUUAGAAGUGGACUUAAUCUAACUUUUCGAGUCCAACAAAAGCCAGAACGUGCUCCAAUAAGAGCUUUAAAGGCUUCUUCAUCUGGAAGGUAUCUUCUCAUUUUGUUUCGUGAUGCACCUGUGGAGGUGUGGGCUAUGACAAAGAAUCCAAUAAUGCUUAGAUCAUUGGCUCUUCCAUUCACAGUAUUGGAGUGGACGCUUCCAAUGGCACCACGACCAGUUCAAACUGGACCUUCUAAGCAGUCAUCAUUUGCCACCAAAGAGCGUAUCACUGGGGCCUCUGUGUCAGGUUCCCCUACACAUGCAUCUACGUCAGACAUUAAGACAACAAGCUCAGAAGGAUCUGCAGAGGACACCUCAGAAAGUUUUGCGUUUGCACUUGUCAAUGGUGCUCUUGGAGUUUUUGAGGUUUAUGGGCGAAGGAUAAGGGACUUCAGACCAAAGUGGCCUUCUUCCUCAUUUGUUUCAUUAGAUGGAUUAGUUACAGCAAUGGCCUACCGUCUUCCCCAUGUAGUUAUGGGGGACAGGUCAGGGAACAUACGAUGGUGGGAUGUAACCACUGGGCUCUCAUCUACAUUUAACACGCAUAGAGAAGGGAUCCAAAGAAUCAAAUUCUGUCCUGUUGUUGCUGGAGACUAUAGCAGAGGACGUAUUGCUGUGCUAUUUUAUGACAACACAUUUGGUAUAUUUGAUCUUGAUACACAUGAUCCAUUGGCCAAUUCCCUUUUGCAACCUCAAUUUCCUGGAACUCUUGUAUUGGAACUUGAUUGGCUGCCUUUGCGAACGGAUAAAAAUGAACCGCUGGUGCUAUGCAUUGCUGGAGCAGAUAGCAGUUUUCGCCUUAUCGAGGUUAAUAUUAGUGACAGAAAAUCUGGCUUAAAUUCCCAACGUAGGACUAUUAAAGAGAGAUUUAGACCAAUGCCCAUAUGCUCUCCCAUUCUACUUCUUACACCACAUGCAUUGGCACUACGAAUGAUCUUGCAGUUGGGUGUAAAGCCCUCUUGGUUUGAUAAAUGCAGUGAAACUAAAGAUGCAAUGCCUUAUCAAAUUCCUGUAGCUGCCUCAUCUGCAGCAGACCUUCGGAGUUUUAUGAUUGAUACUGAUCUUCCACCUAUAGGUGACUCUGUGGUGCCAGAAUUGCUUCUCAAGGUUUUAGAACCAUAUAGAAGAGAAGGCUGCAUACUUGAUGAUGAGAGGGCCAGGCUCUAUGCUGCUGUAGUAAAUAAAGGUGCGGCUGCCAGAUUUGCCUUUGCUGCUGCGGUCUUUGGCGAAUCAUCUGAGGCACUCUUCUGGUUACAGUUACCCUGUGCCCUUUCCCAUUCAAUGAAUAGAUUAACUGAGAAACAUCAUCAGAAAGUUCCAGCAUCUGCAUCAGCAUCAGUUCCAGAGCUUGAAGGCGCAUCUAUGCUAAAUAGGAUAACAUCUACUGGAAAAUCAAUGGCAGGGAGUGAGAAGAGGGAUAACAUUAGUUAUGGUCGACUUAAGUUGAUGGCCUUUGAGCAAGAAGAGUUGUGGGAAAGUGCUAAUGAGCGUAUUCCAUGGCAUGAGAAAUUGGAAGGAGAAGAGGCCAUCCAGAACCAUGUACAUGAGCUUGUCUCAGUUGGGAACCUUGAAGCUGCAGUUUCUUUGCUUCUUUCUACCCCUCCAGAUGACUCUUAUUUCUAUGUCAAUGCUCUACGUGCAGUUGCUCUUUCCUCUGCUGUGUCAAGAUCUCUUCAUGAACUCGCUGUUAAGGUUGUUGCAGCCAAUAUGGUGAGAACUGAUAAGUCAUUGUCUGGGACACAUCUUCUGUGUGCUGUUGGAAGAUACCAGGAAGCUUGUUCUCAGCUACAAGAUGCUGGAUGCUGGACAGAUGCAGCAACUUUAGCUGCGACACAUUUACACGGAUCUGAUUAUGCAAGGUUUACUUUUUCUCUUCCUAGUAAUUUCUGUCAAAUUUCCUGCUACUAUGUAAAUUUAAACUUCCAUCAGAAUUUUGUUUCUCUUGGUUUUAGGUGUUUGAUACUUCCACUCUCAUAUUUGAAUGACAAAGUGGAGAAGUGGUUUUGAAACUUGUCACAAACUGCAGGGGAUGAACUAGGGGGGAAUUGUUUCAGAACUCACAACAAUACAUGAGAAGGAAGGAAUUAUUUUAGAAGUUUUUCACAGGAAUAAUGACUACAAAUAUUUCAGUUUUUUUUUUCUAUUUCUUUGAAUGAUGUUAACAAUUUUGAACUUCUACAGCUACCAUGUGGGGAUGGGAAGAAGCUGUUUAGUAACACUUUUCACCCAAGAAAUCUGUUCUGUAACUUCACACUUUGCAUGAUGGAUGGGAGCACUUGUAUUUCACAGCUUGCUUUUGAAUGCUUGUCUAUUCAACAUUUUUACCAGGAGGCUUAAACAGAAAACCUGGAUAGCACUUAGCAACAUACUUACUGUGUAUGCUUUGUCACAAGAAUGUUUUGUGAAAUAAUUUGCGCAUAAAUUCAUUGUGAGAAAAGUGGCAAAUUCAUGUGGUAUUCAGGUUGUAAAAGGGAAAAGUAUCAGUUGCAAUUUGGAUUUUAUUCACUAUGUGAUUUUUGGAUUAAUGCCUAGUUUAUUGGAUCAAAUGUAAGUCCUGUGCCACAAUUGAAAAGCGAG